AUGGCGGCGCAACCACCAUCAUCGGCUGUGCGAGCGUUACAGCUAGAGUUGAAGAAACUUACCGAGGAACCAGUCGAAGGUUUUUUCGUCAAUGUACCAGAUGAUGAGAACUUAUUCGAAUGGGACGUAGCGAUUUUUGGUCCUCCUGGAACUCUCUAUGAAGGUGGAUACUUCAAAGUAAGUCUCUGAUCGAACAUAACACAUUUAUUUCAUUACGAAAGUCAAAUUUGGCUAACAUAUUAAUUUUUUUUGGUAUGUCUUAUUUUGCGUUAGGCACAUAUGUCGUUCCCUUCUACAUAUCCAUAUUCGCCACCGACGUUUCGCUUCCUCACGAAAAUGUGGCACCCUAAUAUAUACGAGGUGAGGCGUCGUUCUGGUGUUUUUGAGCCAUCCAGUACGAUUUUUUUUACUUCUCAUAUUCUAGCAGCUAAUGAUUGCUGUCGCUUUUAUAGUCCGGUGAUGUCUGCAUUUCAAUUUUACAUCCACCGGUCGAUGAUCCACAAAGUGGAGAAUUGCCUUCUGAACGUUGGAACCCAACGCAGAAUGUUAGGUACGUAUCAAUGAAAAGUUUCGUUUUCUGUUCCCUUAUUCUGUCCAUCAAUCAAAAUCAAACUUCUAUUGAAGCUUACUUUUUAGGAAUCUAUCCAGUGUCUGAACAAUUUCCUCCAAAUGCGACCUCAUUUUACUUUCAUAGUGAGGUUGAAUUGUCCGCUAUGCUCGUUUUGGCUCCCUAAGAUUCUCCUAUAUAUUGGAUUGCUUUGAUAGCUUCAAAUUUUAUUCUUUUCACCUCUUGCCAAAAGCUGUUUUUAGAAUCAAAAGUUGACCAGAAAAGAUUUCGCUUCCAAUGUCGCUCGAAUAGCCAUGACGUUUCUUUACUGUUGUUUGUCGGCAUGUUUUCCUUGUCACACGAUGGAAACGUGGUUAGUUUGAAGCAGGCGUUGUGGUUUUGUCCAAUUCAUAAUUACAGUCAAGGAAAAAAAAAAACACCCAAGCUUUUCUUUGUGACUGUACAUUUGGUUUUUAGCCAAUUUAUCACAACUUAACAAAAAUAUCCAAUCCAAACGAGAUCGCAAAGGCAGAUGUGUAUAGUACCAGUUUUUUGGAUGAAACAACGUUUCUGGAUUUUUAUCAAUUCUGUUGGUUGCUGGUAACGUAUUGUGAAGUAUGACAGAAUUUUACACUAUCAAGAGCGUAGCCAGAAAUAAGUGUUCCUGUUACAGUUUCUGAUAAAUAUUUUAAUUCCUUUAAAUGAUGUUUACCUCAAUACCUGCUUGCAAUCUUGAAUACUGUAAAGUAGUGUUAAAUCCACCAGACAUGAUCUAAGUGAAGAAAUUUUUUCAGUUUAAGAGCUAACACUUUCCCAAAUAUGUUGAGAAAAAGUUUGAAAUGUUUAAAUCUGUUAAAAAUAAUGGUGUCAAGCGGUUUGGUAUUAAUUAAUAGCUUGAUACAGUAAUGCUGACUCUGGAGAACUAAAUCCUCAUCAACUCUUGCCUCUUACUGAAAGGAUAUGAUUGUCAUUCCUCAAUCUGAAACUCACCUCAUAAGUUUAUACACCAGUAAGAAUGGAACAAAAAGGAAAUUGCUUCAAGUUAUGAGGAGAUUUACAAAAUUUGGAAUAUAAUUUGAAUUUGAGCAUGGAAGGGAACUCAUAUCUGUUUCAAACUAUUCAGGGGUGCCAAGAAACAGGUGCUCAAAAAUUCAAAAAUAAUCCAUCUUUUCUCCUAUUUAACCUUUUUGUUCCCAAGAUCCAAGAAUCGAUUCACAGCACUGUCAGUCUGGUCAUUAUUAGAAAAUGUUAAAGGAAUAUGAUCUGGACUGAGUAGUUGGCUGAAUUAAAUUAUGCUUGCAUUACACACAUGGCAGUAAUUUGAAAAUUUGAAAUUCUCUGAGACAUGUUUUUAUUAUUCUGGAAAAUUUGAGUAACUUUUGUCAGCCAAACAUAGAUGUUGGAGUCUGUUCAAAAAUACUUCAGUCUGUCUUUGACAACAAUUCUCCAAGUAUCAGGUGCAAAAAGUGUUUCUGUUGCCUUCCUGGUUCUAAUGGUAGCCCUAGCAAACUAUUUCUUAAUCUGUUUUAUCUGAGAAUUCAAGUGAAAUAAAAAUAUAUCAUGUAUUUUUUAUCUUUUCAUAUCACCUUUCUGCUUAUAGGGUCCAAAAUAGACUUUUCCAAUCCCAAAUCCCUCUGCUAUUUUUCAUUCCAUCCUGUCAUCCCAUGGAAUGAACAUUUUCAUCUUGAUCCCACCUGGUUAAACCCAAGUUGUUCAAGUUCAUCACCAACUAAUGGACAAAUUAUAGCCUUUUCAAUGAUGAUAACGUACUCUCAUUAUGGCUUAAAAAAUGGUCAUUCCUCUGUAUGUUUAUGGUAUUAAUGAGUGAGACACAAAAAUCCACCAAUGAAAUUGAAAGGCUGUACUGUUACACAGAUAAAAUUCUUCAGCUGAUUGCACAAUAAAACAACUCAUUUCUCAAAGAUACAACAGAUAUCAUCAACUUCAUCGAAAAACAAAGCUUCCCAAAAAUAGUGAUACCGGUUUUAAUGGACAUUAUGAGCUUAUCUUAAGUAAAGGUGCUAACAAACUGCUCGAUUAGAAAUGCUACACGGACAGGGUAACCUCUCUCUUGGACACCAACAGAUAUGUUGUCAACCAGUUCAUUGAACAAGCAAAUAAACACAACUAACAAUCAAAUUUAUGGCUGAAAUAUCUGUUUCAAAAGCUACUUUCUUAGACACCUCUAUAUAUAUAUAUAUAUAUAUAUAAGGGUGAAAAAUUCAACAGGGAGUGAGUUCUUGACAACCAGACAUACUAUGGAGAUGUGUAAACAUUUGUAACUAACAUAGAGAAAACUUGAGGUAUUACAGAGUCAUUUAGGUCUGUCAAUUCCAAUUUAUACAGAAGCAUUAUUAAGCUGGUUUCUAAAGCAAAUAAUACUCUCUAAUAUCUAGGAGGUCAUGUGACAUGUAACUUGAGCUGAAUCAUGAUCCUGCCCAUAUCUAUCCUAUUCCCUAUUCCGCCUUCAAAACAGAGCAUAUCCUGGUCUCACCUUCCUAUUUUCAUCUUGCCUUUAAUUUUUUUUUGUAUCCCACAUCCUGUAUCCCUCCAAACCUGUGUUGGACCCCCCUGUGUUGGAGUGUAUUUUGUUUUAAAGAAAAAUUAUUUUUUGCUCAAUCCUGAGAGUACAUUGGAAGAAGUAUAGGCUAUAACUCCCAGUCUACCAGUGAAAAGCAUUUGUGAACCUGAAGAUUUGAAUUUAUUUUCCUAGAAACAACCCCAAUUCCUUUGGAAACUCAUGCUGUGUUUGUUUUUUUAGUCCCCCCCUCCCAUUCCAGAAUAUCAACCAGGCUCUGACAGUGGUACCACUGUCUUGGUACCUAUUUGGUAUAUGUUGGGAAUCUGGGACUCUUGCUCUAUGUACUCUCUGCGAGAUAUGGAAAAAUAUGUGUACAGUAGUGAAUUGUGAAAGCUUCCAAUCAAAGUGUAAUCAUUAUUUUUGUGUGAUUAUAGAACCAUUCUCUUGAGUGUGAUCUCAUUGUUAAAUGAGCCAAACACAUUUUCUCCUGCAAAUGUGGAUGCUUCAGUUAUGUUCAGAAAAUGGAGAGACUCAAAAGGAAAGGAUGGAGAGUAUGAAAGGAUUGUCAAGUAAGCUGGCUGUUCUUUUCUCUCUUUUAAAUGUACAUGCGUGCCAGAAAUGAACAGAAAAACUUUGGAGAAAAACAUGCUGUAGGCUUAAAGAACACAGAGAUAAAAAGCUGGAGUUCAGAGCACUUUUUUAAUGGAAGAUCUUUUUGAUAAAGGGGGUUGUUGGAAACUUAAAACAGGCCUUGCUUUUCAGUGAAGUUCGUGAAGCAGCUAAGGCAAAAAUCAGUGAAAAAAUUGAUGUUCAUGCUCACAUGUGCCUCACUGCUAGGGUUCUGUGAGGCAUGCUAACAAUAUUUUUUUUCACUGAUUUUUCUUUGACUUGUGUGAUGAACUUUGCUGAAAAAGUAGAAUUCUUGUAUCAAGUUCUACUACUUUAUAACUUGCAACAUUUUUAUUAAGAAAGUUCUCUGAUGCAACUUGUAAAGGAAAAGGCAAAGGAAGGAAUUUGAAAACUAGUAAUUAAAAAAAUGGUGCAUUUUUCACAUCUUAGAAAACAAGUAGCGCGUUCCAAAGUUGAGGCAGAAAAAGAAAACAUAACAGUGCCAACAACUGUUGAAGAGUACUGUAUAAAAUCCAGACCAUCACAUUCUGAACCUGAGGACUUGACAGAUUUCUACGAUGACGACUAUGCAGAUGAUGUGGAUGAUGAUGAUGAUGAUGAUUGUAUGGAAUAUAGUGGAGACUCGGGAAAUGAAGAAACGUGAUGCCUGUGACUAAGGGCAGGACCUUUGUCACGAUGUAUAUUUUGUACUGUGUAACAUAAAGAGACCCUUUCCUAUGGCAAAAAUGUGCUUCAAGAACUUGCCUGGCUUAAAAAGCUUGGAAAAGCCGUAAAGUUUCCUCUUUUGUAAUAUUAUUUGAUAACUGUCUUGAGUGAUGUGUGUUGCAUGAGGGUAUCUGUUAGCCAUGGUUUUAAAGUGUGAGAUAAUUGUAGUGAUGUCCCUGAUCC